CCUCUCUGUCUCAGUGCCAACGUAGUAGCCGGUUGUUCGAACGAAGAAGACACACACACGUCUGAAAAUGAGUCAGAGGAGAAGGAGCAGCAUUUGGGGGCACUUUUCUUGCGAAGAAAACAGUAAGGCUAAAUGCAGCAUUUGUCAGAAAGUCAUUUCAUUCAAGUCUGGGUCAACAAAUAAUUUACACAGGCAUUUGAAGACUCAACACCCAACAGUGCAGGUCACAGGUUUGAGAGCAGAGCCAGACUCAGACAACAGCAGUGACACUGAUGUGUCCAUUGCCUCCUCUGCCUCCACAUCUGCAUCUACAGCAGCCUCUGACCCCACUGGGCCCACCACAUUAGAGAUGUGACGUUGGUGAACGAGUCAGUUGUUUGAACGGCUCUUUUAAGUGAACGAUGAGAACCAGUUCACAGCUGCGAGUCGUUCGCAUGUGGAAAUUGCCAACACUUUCUUUACGUUUCACCUCAAUGAGUCUGAGUUGUCCAUGCUGCCUUCAUGUGAACGACUCAUGACAUUUCCGAAUUUGAGUUGUCCACAGCAGCUCCAUUCACAUGAACGCAGCUCUAUAUGUAGCUAACUUAGAGGAGGAGUGUGAGCACCUCCCGAGUCCGAAUGACUGGAGACUGGAGCGGAGCCACAUUUGCCGCUUUAUCAGGGAGAAGGAGAUAUUAGUGAUGGAAAAAAAAGAAAAAAAUAUAUCUUUUUCUGUAUUGUUAAAAUGUUCUUGUGUGGAACAUUUUACAGUAAAGCUGUUUUGCAUGGAAGUUAUCCGGUAGUCUGCAUAGUUUUAUUGUGCCACAAAAUUUUUUAGGUGACUGAAAAUUCAAAACAGUGAUCUCACCGUCAAAGCAUGGGGAUAUAGGCCAAAUGAAAUUCUAAUCAGUAUUUUAGAAUAAUUCCCACCAAUAGAGUAUAUAUUGGUGGGAUGUGUAAGUUUGAAAUAUUGAGAUCCAUAUUGUAUCUUGUAACUGCUACCAGUGAUUGUUUCCUGGAUAAAAACGAGUUACCCCUGGUUGAUUUCUAAAAUAAAUGAAGAUAAGAACGAGCCAGUCUUUUGAACGGCUCUUUGAAAGGAACGGCUCCUCAAGAUCCGGCUCCCUUCAAAGAGCCAUAAAUCCCAUCUCUACUUCUCACACAAGAAAACUUUUCCUCUCACUCUCCAGUGUGUGUGAGGACAGCUUCUUCUUCGGAGGCUCUGCCUCUGCCGCUUAACCAAUCAGAGGACGGGGUGAACAGUGCAGGAGACAGCAGGCAGGAGAGAGAGGCGCGGCUGCAUCUGAGCCGAAAUAACCCAGUUUUAAAUUGCUUUCUGCAUAUCGGCCGGUCGGAUUAAAAAAAGGCCGAUGCCGAUAUACGUCAAAUUUCCAAAUAUCGGCGCCGAUAAUCGGCCCGACCAAUAAUCGGUCGAUCUCUAGUAUAUACAGCUACGCAUAACCAGGAGCUCACACAAUCCUGGCCCACUACAACUACACACCACCAUGGCAAAACAGAAACUACUACACCCAAAUGACAAAAUCACUAUCAUUAAUUAUAACAAUGAUGUGACCUGGGAAACAAGCUACUCUACUUCACUGGCAGUGUAAAGAGGGAGAGUGGUCGCGGAGUCUGCUACUACCACCAAGAUCUGCACCCCUUCUACUUGUUGCGGCUUAGCCCUCGCAGCUCCUGUUGCUGGCGACGGCCGGGUAUGGGCCCAACACUCCAGCACCAUCCAUUUUCAGGGCUAGUUCAUUAGACCAGCCCCGACUAGACACCGGCCCACCGGGACAGUGCCCGGUAUGCCAGAUGGCCAGUCCACCCCAGGUUGAAGAGGGCUGUGUGGCUUGGCUCAUGGAGGUUCUUGACACAAGGCUGACUUUGGAUCCAGAGAGGGUUUGAUGUGGAAUGCAUGUCCAGAUUGGGACCUGGGUGUGCACAUCCAAGGGUAGUCAGGGAGGAGUGUAUCCAGGCAUGGAUCAGGAAAAAGGCAGAGAAGAAAUAGGUUAAACCAGAGCAAAACAAAGCAUAACAGAAUUACUUGGUUAGACUUGAUUGACUGCAGUCUGAUCAACUCUCUGUCAUGGAAUGAUGAGCUGAACCCUUGUUUUAUGGUAGACUGUGGAAAUCAGUGGCAGGUGAGCCAUUCCCCAACACAGGUGUCCUCAAACAAGUGAUUACCCCGUAGGAGGGAAACACACACACACAGACACACUCACCCCACCAUAAGGGAAAAGGGAAGGAGGGAGAAGGAAAGCUAACAACUAAGCAGAUGUGGAGGGCAUGACAAGUGUGUGAAAGUUGAUGGAGGAAAAAAUUCUUAUUUAAUCUAUUAAUUGACUUCUAUCACAUUUACAACAAAAAUUGUUUAAAAAAAUAAUGGGGUUUGAAUAUUUAGUGACUGUACUUAUAUGUUCUUUAUAUUGAAAAUGAGAAAUUUCAGUUUGUUUUGAAGAAAAUUGCAAACAUUUCUUUCAAUACAACUUUACCUUUGAUUAUGGGCUAUUAAGUGUACAUUGGUACGCAAAAAUGGCAGUGUUAUCCCUUAAAAGCUACAGUUUGGAGAAAAUGAGGGCAUUUGAGUGCAUUUUGAAUCCACUAUUACGUGCUUAUUAAAGAAAAACAUGUCAGAAAACAUGGACUAACACUCUGCUUUUGUUCUGGUGUCUAGGAUCCACUAAGGGGUGUCUAAAGGCCCUGGCAAUGAGGUUCAAGACAACUCAUGCUCCUCCUGGUGACACCCUAGUCCAUGCUGGAGACCUGAUAUCUGCUCUGUACUUCAUCUCCAGAGGAUCCAUAGAAAUCCUUAAAGAAGAUGUGGUGUUAGCUAUAUUGGGAAAGAAUGAUAUUUUUGGGGAGCCUAUUAAUCCUUAUGAUCUGCCAGGAAAAUCCAGUGCUGAUGUCAAAGCCCUGACCUAUUGUGAUCUGCACACAAUACAAAGACAGGACAUGUUGGAGGUUCUGGACAUAUAUCCCAAAUUCUGUGAAUAUUUCUGGUCCAACCUGGAUAUCACCUUCAACCUCAGAGAUGUAAAUAAUGAAUCUGGAGGUCUUCUGGGUGGAGAUGACUGUGAUGGAUUCAACAGACCAUACAAACACAAAAUAUCUUCGACUCACACAGGUGAAAACAUCACAACUGGGAGACAGAGUGCAGUGUACAGAUGUAGAAGAAAGCCCAAUAACUGGGAACUGUGGGGCGACUGGAAUAAAAAUGACUAUAAACAUACAUUAUAUGACACUGUGUUCUCCAGCGAGGGUGACAAGGAGGAUUCAGAGAUAACCGGUCCCCUCCAGAACGCCAUUAGUGCAACGGUCACAAGUACUACAAGAUGCCUUGAGACUGAAUGGAGAGAGAAGACCAACAACUCUAUUACAGAAGUGUCUGACAUCUUUACACUCUGGGGUGCAGAGAGUCGGGAGGACCAGAGACACCAGAAGGUGUCGCACUCACUCAGCCUGAACUCUCAGCCUCCAACUCAGCCUGCCUCUCAGCGCAUCGCUUGCCUCCGCUCAUCGUCUCCUUGUUCCUCCAGUCCCACUCCUCACUUUUCUCCUCCUUCUGUUAUCUCUUGGAGAAAGAAGACGGAUUUGCAGAACAGGCUGGAGGAACUGCAGCAUCAAAUAAGCAAGUUGGAGUCUCGUAUGUCAGCAGACAUAGGGAUCAUUAUGCAGCUUCUUCAAAGGCAGAUGCCAACGAUCCCACCUUCCUAUAGCACCCUGACAUCAACACCUAAUGAACCCUUUUCCCCCAUCCUGUCCUCCACUGCAUCCAGAACUGGCACCCCAACCCCCUCCUACCCCACAGAAAAGUCAUCAGCCACCAACCCCCAGCAGCCCAAUGUAAGCCAAGAUCAAGCACUUCAACUUCUGGAAUCAAACUCGUUCAGUUGUGAAUCCUCUGACAAUCAUACUGACUUACCCCCUCUCAUUGAUACCUCAUCCCUCCAGUCUUCUUUGUAUCAAUCACUAUUCUCUGCCCCCAGUUUCCCCCAAAACCCCUUCAUGUCUCCAACCCAUUCUCAAAACUCCUCCCACUCUUCCUCCUCUAGUCUUCCUCAGACAGCUCAAGCUUGGCCUUGACUGAAGCCAACAAAACGAGUGUAAUGUGACAAAUUGAGGAUUGGCAGGCUUUGAUGUAUUUAAUAAGUGAGUGUGAUGUUAUGAUUUUUUUUCCUUUGCAACAGUUUUGAAAGAGUAAAAUCUAAGUAUGUAGCUCCUAUAAGUUCAUGUAAGGUUUUUGUAGCCUUUGUGGUAGAUAUCAUGUACCUUUGUGGUAAUUCAUGUAAAUCCUUCCUGAAACUGAACCAGUAGAGCUAACAUAAUUCUAUACAUAGUAACAGAUGGAUGUGAAGCAAAAAAUAAUAAUUGAAAAAGUACAGAAAAAAAGUCAUGGGAUUAUUGUUAACUGUAGAUAACAAAAUAGUGUUUAUAUUUGGUAACUUACAUAGACUGACUACAAGGCAACAGGAAACAAUACAAACCCAAAAUUUACCUUAGGGUCAAGCUGACCCCAAGGAUAUUUGCCUCCAGAAAAUUUACAUAAAAUUGUUGACCAAG